CACCUGUAUGACUGGUGUGUCCCCAAUCCCUUGACUCCUCUCUCUCUCUCUCUCUCUCUGUACUCCAAAAAUCUCUCUCCUCCAUUUUUGCCUUUAACAGGCACCACCAAUUUCCCCACCCACCUAGGUAACUAACUACACCCCUUCCCCCUUUCCAUAUUUGUCUUUCUAAUAAUCCUAUUAUUUUUCCAUAAGCAUAUUCCCUCACUUCUUAUCAUCAUCAUCAUCAUGUUUAUAUUUAGUAAUAUCAAACAUAUAUAUACCAAUAUAUUUUUGUAGAUUUGGUUAUAGAGAUCUCAAGUGUUUGAUAAUAUAUUCUUAUUUUCUUGUUUGUUGAUUCAGGCUUUUAGAUCUGUUGUGUAAAGAAAAAAAAAUGAAUAGGUGCGUUUAUCAACAAAAGGCCUUGGUGGGUUGUGAUGGUGUUGUUUGUCCCAAACCUCGUCGGGUCGGGUUAUUCAAUUCUUCAUAUGUUCAACCCAAUGAACCAAUCAGACCUUCUCGAUUCCUGCAAAUCAAUAAUCAGCAAUCUGAGCCUUGCGAUUUGAAAGCCGGAACUGAACUUCUUGAUAUCAUCCUCACCAAGGGGAAUUAUGAUAUGGAAACGCCCAAUUUUGAUAUGGCUUCAUCUCCACCGUUCUUUUUUGGAUCUCCACCAAGCAGGGCAUCGAAUCCCUUAAUUCAGGAUUCAGAGUUCAGCAACAGCAAUUUUGUUCCUAUACUUGCAAUUCCAGAAGGACCAGCUGCACCUUCACCACCACCACCCUCCGCCUCCACUCGUAAGAAUGGAGGAAGCUGUGCUCAGGUGAAAUUCGGGAUCAAGCCAGCUACUGUGAGGAUCGAAGGCUUCAAUUGCCGCAGCAGCAUUUCUGCUGUAGCUUAAGUUGACGAAAAAAUCAACCAAAGAUGGAUAAAAAUGUGAGAUUUUUGAGGUGAGGUGAGUUAUUACCAAAACGAAUUCGUUUUAGCUUUGUAUAUAUAGAGUGAUAAAAGAAAGAGAGAGUCGCGAUGAGUUAUAUUUCCAAAACCAUUCAAAUCCUGUUUGUGAAUAUGUUUAUUAGGUGAUGAAUGAGUGAGUGUUCAGUUAAUAUCGCGGAAAAAUAAUACUCAAAGAGGAAAGAUAGGUCAAAAGAUUGUCCACUUUCCUUUGGGAUUAAAUUAGGGUUCUUAUUUUUAGCAUUAGGCUAAGGUUGUAUUGAGUAUCUAUUGUAGUGUGAGAGAGUCAAACAGUGAGACUUCUUCUUUGUGACUGGAAAGUUGGUCACUCUUAUCCUUCAUUGUAAUUGUAACCUGAAGGAAAAGAGAAGAUGGUCUUCUUAGACAUAUUCUUUUUAUCUUGUAAUUAUUCUACUAUUAGCAGUGCUAAUUUCAUUGUCAAGCUUUGAUCA